GGGCGCGGUGCCGCUCUCCGUGCCGGCUGCGCGGAGCGGCGGGCCGCCGAGCGACACCGGCUCGGGGCUUCGUGCCGCCUUCGCGGCGGAGAGCGGGACCGGCCUCGGCCAAAGGACCGCCUCCGCAGUCGAGGCGGGGCGCGCCGCCGAACUGACCGUGUGGGCGUCCUCCCUCAGGCCGCGGACUCCAAGCGGGAGCAGUUCCGCCAGUACUUGGAGAAGUCGGGAGUGCUGGACAUGCUCACCAAGGUGUUGGUAGCCUUAUAUGAAGAGCCAGAGAAACCAGAUAGUGCACUGGAUUUUCUGAAGCAUCAUCUGGGAGCUUCAGCUCCUGAGAACCCGGAAAUAGAGGCACUUCGCUUGGAAGUGGCAGAGAUGAAAGAAAAAUAUGAAGCUGUGCUGGAAGAAAAUCUAAAACUGAAAAACAAGCUGGCUCAGUAUGAACAACCUCAAGAUGAGAAGCAUGGUGAAUAACAGUAGUUUUUCCUUUAUUGCCUUGACUUAAUAAAGGGCUUCCUGAGAAAUGUGGUCUUUUGUAUAUGUGUG